UCUUUACAGGGAAGAAUUAGCAAUGAAAAUUGGCCUUACAGAAGCCAGAAUACAGGUCUGGUUCCAAAACCGCAGAGCGAAAUGGAGAAAACAAGAAAAAGUCGGUCCAUCCGGCCACCCCUACAACCCCUACUUAAACCCCAGCGCCUCGGGACCGUCCCCGCCGGUGGUGGCGCCUUCGUUGCCGAAUCCCUUCAACCUUCCGUUCGGCUUAAGGAAACCCUUCGACUCGUUGACGUUCAGAUAUCCCGCCCACGUCCUUCCGGGAUACCUCCCGUCGCCACCAUCCUAUCAUCGAGGAGGACCGCCGCUCUUGCCGCCUUCCGUCGGUUUAUACCCAUCGGCUAGUUCGUUUCAGACGCUGUUGGCGAACAUUUCCGCCGCCCAGAGACCGAAACAGGAAUUUACGGCGUCCCCGCCAUUGAGUCCGGGUUCCUCUGGAUCAGGGGUUACCCCACCGGAUGUGGAUCGAAGGAGUUCUAGUAUAGCCUCGUUGAGGCUGAAGGCGAGAGAGCACGAGUUGCGAUUGGAGAUGCUCAGACAGAACGGCGAUUUAAUCAGUUGAAUGCGUUGGCAGUUAAUGCGUUAAUUUGUACCUACAUUUUGUUUUGUUCCUUUUUGGAUACGCGGGGUGCUAGAACUUGGACAUAUUUUUGUUUAUAAAGAAUAUUUGUAGAAUAGAAGUAAAAGUUUGAAAGGGUUUUGCCAGUUCUCCCACUUUAUACACAUAAAUUGACAAGUUUGCAGCGGAUCUCACCGAAGUGGACGAGAUACAUUGGCGUACAAAAUUAUUUUAUAGAUGUUAAUAACAAUUUCGAGUAAAUAGUUUAAUAAAUUGUGAAUGGCUGUUAAAAUUUUGUAAAAUUAUGAUUUGAAUAUUAUAAUACAUGUUUAAUAAUUAUUUAUAGUUCAUAAAUACAUGCGAUUGUCCGGUUCCGCCGAUAACAAUUUAAAAUUACUUAUUCUAUGAAACGACACUGGCAGGUAAACAUUACUGCGAAAUUCUCGAAGCCGUCCGACGUGGUUUGACGUUUACCCCCUCUCUACCUACCAAAAGCCUUUCCAACUUUUACUUUCGCUAUAUUUAUUGUAUUCCGAAUUUUAAUAUUAGAUUGUGAAUCUGGUGAUACAUGUAGCUAAAAUAAUUUUUUCUACGAUCACCAAAAGUAGGCAUUUCCUGUGGAG